CACACACAUACACACACACACACACACACACACACACACACCAUUCAGGAACACUGAACAUUUCCAGCAGCUUCCAGCAGCUCAGAUUAAUAAACGGAAAAACACAUUAAAGCAGGGAAAGAUGAAGUGGUGUGUCCUAUUUUGCACUUUCUUCAUGUGUUUUUUCGCGAACCAUCUCAGUGGGGCUCGAGUUAUUCCUGAAGGAGUUCCCUAUGAUGAGCCGCCAGCUAGACCCUACUGGCCGUACUCCACCUCUGAUUUCUGGAACUACAUCGAGUACUUUCGUAGUAUCGGAGACUACAACCGGAUCAACGAGAUGGCCAGGGCCUUCUUUGCCCACCAGAACCUCGGUGACACUUUGGGAUAUGAAGUGGCUGAGCAGUAUGAGCGCUAAACAGACAAUCAGACUUCUCUCUGCAUGAGGACUUACUGAAUAAUGACUGAAUAAUGACAGAUAUGAAUAGCUUCUUUUCCUGUUUUUUUUUUAAAAGUUAAUAAUCAAAUGUUAACCUUAAAGUUUUAAACAUUAGAUAGGCUUUGAUGUGUGUUAAUUUUAAUCUAUAAAAUGUAAAAUUAUUUCUGUUAUGCUUGUAACAAGUCAUGUAUUAAACACUAUAGUCGUCUAUUCUUCAUAACUACAUUAAAUACUUGUGUUAUGUACGUUAAA